AACUGCACCUGCUUCGAUCUGCUGAAAUUAUGAGGUGAGCUCUGCCACCGCAAACCGGGGAGGAAAAAAAAAAUGGAUUUGAACUUCUCUACGGUCCUCGACAGCGGUUUGUCAGAGAGGGACAGAUCCACUCGUGUUUUAACGGGCUGCUUUCUCUCCCUUCUCAUCCUUACCACCCUCCUGGGGAACACGCUGGUCUGUGCAGCUGUAACCAAGUUUCGCCACCUGCGCUCAAAGGUCACGAACUUCUUUGUGAUCUCGCUGGCCAUAUCGGACCUGCUGGUGGCCAUCUUGGUGAUGCCGUGGAAGGCUGCGACAGAAAUCGUGGGCUUCUGGCCCUUCGGUUCCUUCUGCAACAUCUGGGUGGCGUUUGACAUCAUGUGCUCCACAGCUUCCAUCUUGAACCUGUGCGUCAUCAGCGUGGACAGGUAUUGGGCUAUAUCCAGCCCGUUCCGCUAUGAGCGAAAGAUGACGCCCAAGGUGGCUUUUGUGAUGAUCAGCGUGGCAUGGACCUUAUCGGUCCUCAUUUCUUUCAUCCCUGUGCAACUCAAUUGGCACAAGGCUCAGACCACCAGCUACGUAGACCACAAUGGCACCUACGGGCCACUUUUACCCGAUAACUGUGACUCCAGCCUCAACAGGACAUACGCAAUCUCGUCCUCCCUCGUUAGCUUCUACAUACCUGUAGCAAUAAUGAUCGUCACUUAUACGCAGAUUUACAGAAUAGCUCAGAAACAAAUCAGAAGGAUUUUAGCUCUAGAGAGAGCAGCAGAGAGUGCCAAAAACCGUCACAGCAGCAUGGGGAACAGCUCUGGCGUGGAAUCCGAGAGCUCUUUCAAGAUGUCUUUCAAGCGGGAAACCAAAGUCUUAAAAACGCUCUCAGUUAUAAUGGGGGUGUUCGUGUGCUGCUGGCUGCCGUUCUUCAUCCUGAACUGCAUGGUUCCUUUCUGCGAGGCGACGCUACCAAACGGGAGGGCGAAUUUUCCUUGUGUCAGCUCUACGACAUUCGAUGUCUUCGUCUGGUUCGGAUGGGCAAAUUCCUCGCUCAACCCCAUCAUAUAUGCCUUCAACGUGGACUUCCGUAAGGCUUUCUCCAUCCUCUUGGGCUGCCACAGACUUUGUGCAGGUCCUAAUUCCACAGAGAUACUCAGUCUCAACAACAACGGUGCUCCACCACCAUCGACCCACUCCCAAACUAAGGGGCACAUCCCGAUCGAGGGGACUAUGACCUACGCAAUUCCUCAAACCAUCCUCACUCAAGAUGAGGAGGUACAAAAAGAAGAAGAGGCCAGCACUGGAAUUAUAUCUCUGAAAAAUAAUUCCCCCGCCUUGUCAGGGAAUGUGGACAGCGAAACUGAUGUUUCUUUAGAAAAGAUUAACCCUAUAACUUCAAAUGGACAGCAUAAGACAUGA